CACAGCCGCAGAAAAUCAGCCCUCUGAGGCUUUGCUAUUCGCCGCCGCUGCUCUCAAAAUGAAGUCUCUCCUUCUGUUUUCUUUCCUCAUGCCAAGUGCCUCCUAUCAACGUUGCACUAGUACCAGAGACUGCGAUGACGCUGCCUCUUGAGCUGCAAACUUCUUACCUCAAUUCUAUCGACUACCCAGAGAACCUUGUUCCUAGCGGUACGGCAACAUACAGAUCUAAAUUGAUCUCUUACAAGAAACAUUUUGAUGAUGCCGAGUCCGAUCUCUGCCUCGUUCAUGGAGAAGAUGACGUUGACGAUAUAUUCGAAAUUCCCAUGAUUGAUCUAGAGACUGGCGACGGAAAAGCUUUGGACAAGAGAAACAUCCACUCCCCCUCCAAACUCACGCAAUGGCUCGGCGUGGAAUUUGUGGUCGACCCAACCGACCCAAAUACGCAGCAUGUCAUUGCCAGGAAACGGGAUCCAAAAUGCCGAUUCAUAUACUUCUACGGGCAAAAUUCACGCGACAAACUAAAGACAACUCGCAGCAGCCUAACUCAGAUUCUGACUUAUCAUCAAGUUAUGCCUGUAUAUAUGGACUUCAUGCUAGUGUUUGGAGCGCAAAGUGAUGCCAAAGACCUCCGCUUCAGCGGCUUUCGUGAACAGAUACUGCUCAAAACUCCUCCAAGCGGGCAGUCCAUACCUGCAUUAGGUCGAAGUGGGAGGACUUUCCAACUCUGCUACAAUCUUAAGGGAGUACAGUUCAAGAAACAAAGCAACGAAAAUAUCAAACUUUCCGAGUGGUCCAUCAGGCAAACAGCCGUGUAUCACAAAUUCGACGUGGAGUAUGGGACAACCCUGUGGAUCGUAACAAAAGGUGGCGAAGAUAUCCUAAACCGAUACAAAGAAUUAACUGGAGCAAAUGGACGCCCAGAAGACCGGACGUUUUGCGAUCCAGCAUCGUGCUUCCGAUCAACCCUUUCUACCCACUUACUACUAAGCCAUUGGUCAACCGAGGACUGGAGAUGGUAUAUCCGCUGGCUUGAAGAGGUAUUGGACCACGAGAGUGGAAUGGCGGUUGAUGGGCUACGCGGCGAAGGCUACGCACAUAAGGAAUAUAAGCCAUACCAUAUUCAGGACUUGCAACACUGGCAAGAUAAAGCUAACGAAGCAGUCAUGGUACUGGAGUCCAAUGCUGAAAUUUUAAAGGCGAUACGCAAAUUCUACCUGGACCUGGUUAUUCGAAAAGAUUUUCCUGACGCGCUCAAGUCCGCCUGUGAAGAAGACUUGGCUGUCUUCUUCUCGCAGCUCGAUGAGAUCAUCAACGACUUUCGUAUGCAAAUAGCUCGGGCAAAACUUCUAGUGCACAUCAUCAGCGAUAGGAAAGAGCUGGUCUUGCAACAUUUGCAGGGUCAAGCUGCGGAGCGGACCGAACAACUCAACAGAAAUCUCGAGCGAGAGGCUAUUGUCAUGCGUAUAAUUACGAUCGUUACUCUGCUUUACCUCCCAGCGACCUUCGUUUCGACGUUUUUCAGCACUGAUGUUGUAAAAUAUCAAGAUCAAGAUGAGACUAACGCCGACCCAAACGGUUCCUUUUCAGCCCUCGCUCUGAAGAGGUGGCUUCAAGUCACACUACCGUUAACAGCACUCACGUUGUUCGGUGCGUGGUCUACAUAUCAGAUUUAUGAUACAUCAAGCGGAACCUCGACCAUUGUGGUGCGUGCGAAGAGCACUAUUUACAGACUCAAGUCUUAUGGGAGCACACCACACACGCGGACGCCACCUCAAGAUCAAUAUGAUCCUCAUGAUACCUCUAUAUGUGGCUCAACAUGGUGGUAUUCGAGAAGGCCCUUCAAGUUCGUCCCGGAUCCUUUACGAUGGCUGCGAAGUAGUCGCUCUACUUUGCCUUUACAUGGGAGCAGCCAAACAAAGAACGGGUGAAUCGAGGAUGAACUGGUAGAAGCGCAUUUUGCGUCAUGAACUUUCGGCAUUCGGUGCUUACUCAACGGCGUCAGCCCACCUCAACGGGAAGAGGCGCCCGCCAUGUUCCAUCCGGCCCUGCAAUUUCGUGCGUCCCAACAAAUAGUCAGCCUGCAGCCACACAUCCGGUUCGGGUUGAAAUUCAGCACGGAGGGUUCAAGGGCGGGGUCGGCGCUUAGCGAACAGACGUUCCUCGCAAUCAUCAUUCUUUUCAUAGGUUCAAGCAAUUAUAUCAUAGGCAUCUAACCGUAAUUUUUCGCUCGGAGUCCAAAUACCACCUUUAGACAUUGCGGAGCGAAUCACUCC